UACGCGGCACUCGCGAGGACGUUAGCCCGCCGACCGCCGGCCGCCGCACACGCGUCGCGAGCGUUACCAUGUCCCGCGUCCGUUCCAUGUGUUACUGUUAAACUGUGCCCGGAUCGGAUCACUACUCUCGUUCACUAUGGGUGAAUCGCUGCUGAAAGAGGAUCCGCUCUCCAGGAUCCAGAGGGAGAUAAUAGAGGUCACAGAAAGAGAGAGAGAAUUCAAGGAAGGGCACUUCAGGGUGAACAGAAUGAUGUCGGAGUCGACGAUUGAGAUGAACCAUCAGAAUGGUCACAUGAAUGGUGACGCGGAGAAACCGCCUCGUACGUUGAACCGUGCUGUAUCCACGUCACAACUCCUCGGGCCUAUUGCCCCGUCACCCCCCACACCACCGACCUUGCUCAACACAAAUGGCUACACCAGACGCUUCACACCUCAGAAUGGAACCAAAGGCAUCAUGCAAAGGUUCAUAGCCAACAAAGGGAAACUCCCUACAAACUCACCUAUGACGCCUACAUCGCCUGCCGCGUUUGCUCCACCUCUAAUCUUCACACCUUCCCCUGUAGUGGCCUCUAUCAGCCCUACAACGCCUAUCAUCACACGCACGCCCGAAGGCAAACCCGUGCGAAAAGGCUACGUACCUGUUGAGGAGAAAAUCCAGAAAGAGCUUCAAGAGAUGAAGGAUAGAGAACACGAGCUGAAACGGAUGAGGAAGAAGCAGAGGCCUUUUGAUUUAGAGUUGAGUGAUAAUGAGACCAGCUCCGAGUCGGAGGACGAAGAGAUCCCGAUGCCGGGGAAAUUAAAGGCGACUAAAUCCAUAGGGGAGCUGUAUGAGGCUUUAAAUGAUGAGCUACGGUCACCGUCGCCAAGGAACAGCUCUGGACAUGAGUCUAUAGGAAGUUUGAAGCCGGCAAAAUCCUUGGCUGAGCUGUGUGAACUCAGUCCGGGCCAGGAAUUCCUCGCGCCAAGUUCUACAAGACUCAUCGCGCAGUGGGAGUCCAUCAUACAGCAGAAACACGAAACUGGUGCGGCCUAACUGGUGUCACGAGAUAUCGUAUGAUAAGUCCAAUGUGAUCGUCGCUCGGACGCGGCGCUGAAAUGUGUGUGGGUUUUGGUAACUUUAUGUAGUGCGAAACACGAUACGGUACAGCGGACAGUCUAAUGAGCAGGUCGUGAGUGUGAGUGAACGCCUGGUGAAGAAAUUACAGCGGUUUUUGUCCCGCAGACUUCAGCUGAUCGAUUUCUUUCAUCGAUCAGUCGCG